GCUCCUUUUAUUUCCCAUUGAAGAAGAAGACUGGAGGAGGUCAGGAACGGUGGUUCUUGCCUCCCCUGCAGCUACAUCCUCCAUAAGGAGACAGAUUCCUCUUCAGCACCUACUUCUGCUGGAUAAACAUUACACAAGGUUUGAAGUUAUUUCACACAGCGAGUACCCCAAUCCCAAAGCACACAUCACAUCACAAUGGCAGACGACGCUGAUAUGCGCAAUGAGCUGGAGGAGAUGCAGCGACGUGCCGACCAGCUGGCUGAUGAGUCACUGGAGAGCACCCGCCGAAUGCUACAGUAUGUUGAAGGGAGUAAAGAUGCUGGAAUCAGAACUUUGGUUAUGUUGGAUGAGCAAGGAGAGCAACUUGACCGUGUUGAAGAUGGCAUGAAUCAUAUCAACCAAGACAUGAAGGAGGCUGAGAAAAAUUUAAAAGAUUUAGGGAAAUGCUGUGGCCUUUUCAUAUGUCCUUGUAACAAGCUUAAAUCAAGUGACGCUUACAAAAAAGCUUGGGGCAAUAAUCAAGAUGGAGUGGUAGCAAGUCAGCCUGCACGUGUUGUGGAUGAGCGUGAACAGAUGGCAAUUAGUGGUGGCUUUGUGCGUAGAGUAACAAAUGAUGCCCGAGAAUCAGAGAUGGAUGAGAAUCUUGAGCAAGUCAGUGGUAUUAUUGGAAAUCUCCGUCACAUGGCUCUUGAUAUGGGCAAUGAGAUUGACACACAAAAUCGCCAGAUCGACAGGAUCAUGGAGAAGGCCGAUUCCAACAAAGCCAGGAUCGACGAGGCCAACACACGUGCCACAAAGAUGUUGGGCAGUGGCUAGAGGGCAGCAAGUUCAUAUUACGCUCCAGACUGUCCUUUUGGGCAGUCCUUUCAUGCUUUUAUCAUGGUAUUUACAUACUAGGUUUGCACACAUGCACAUAUCAGCCUACCCUCUACCCUAUUGUAAAUGUUGUCCUGUGUAGUAUGUCAGCUUUUCAGAAAAUAUACUUGUAAUUAUUUUUUUCUAAGUAUAUUCCUUUCUAAAGGUUGUAUAUAGUGAUCUACGCUAGUUCACUAUAACGUUAGUUUUAUUUUCUUGUUUUAUCAUUUUUUUUAUGAUGUUUGCUGAAUGACAACAGUGUAGGAAUGUUUAACGUGCUGUUAACUUUGAUCUAUACAGUAUUGUUUUUGUAAAACUGUGACAUUCCACAGAGCUACUGCCUAUCUCCUUUUUUGGUGUCAUGAUACUUAAGCUGUGGAACUGUCCUUGGCUCAAUGUUGCUUCCAUCUGUUAUAAUUUCAUGAUUAGAACGUGGAACUAUAUUACUAUAAUAAGCAUUGCACAAACAAGUCAUGUGAGUUAUGCAUUUAUGCAUGAAAAUAAAUAGACAUUUUAGAUGCCUAUAUACAAAGACCUUCUUUCUGUGGCAGUAGCACAUACAAUAAAGCAUGCUGAGUAUUUGGACACUGUUGGGACUAUGUUAUACUGUACCAGCAAGUUUGCAGUAAUGCCACUUUUCUGUCAAUAUAUUGUUAUAUUUAAUCAUUAUCAUGCUUUUUUAUUUUUUAAUUUCAAAAAGGACAGACUUGGCACAUACAUCCAGCAAGAAAACGGACGAUUUUGUUUUUUUUCUGCUGCUGGUGAUAUAUAAAAUACAUUAAAAAAAAAAAAAAAAAAUAUUUACAAAUAAGGUUGUAAUAUAGGGGUUGGGUACUGUUUUUGAGGAUCCUCUUAUGGAGGAAAAGACUACAGUCUCAAAAUGGUACAAAGAUAUGUAAUUUUUUUAUAAGGCUGGGUCUCGUUAGCCACUUAUCCCCACGUGGAUUUUUUUUUCUUUUUGUUUUUCUUUUAAAAAAGUUAUCUGUUGCUUACCUAGAGCUAUGCACACCAAAUCGCUGAAAUGUUUAAGUAGAUUUAAAAUUAAGACAAUAAUCUAAAUGAAUGAACUCUAGAUAAACUGUGAUAUCAAAAUCAUUGCAGCAUGUACUAUUAAAUUCCUUCUGUCUCCUGUCAGUUUGUGACGUGAUUGACAUUUUGUAGCUAGUUUAAAUCAAUUAAAAAUUAUAAAUCUGAA